ACCUAACCCUCUCUCCCUAUACUCUCCAUUCGCUCUCUCUCUUUCGCUUUCUAUCUCCUAGAAAAAAUGUCAGUCAACCAUUACUCCACAGACCACCACCACACUCUCUUGUGGCAGCAACAGCAACACCGCCACACCACCGACACAUCGGAGACAACCACCACCGCCACAUGGCUCCACGACGACCUAAAAGAGUCACUCUUCGAGAAGUCUCUCACACCAAGCGACGUCGGGAAACUCAACCGCCUCGUCAUACCAAAACAACACGCAGAGAAAUACUUCCCUCUCAAUGCCGUCCUAGUCUCCUCUGCUGCUGCUGACACGUCAUCUUCGGAGAAAGGGAUGCUUCUAAGCUUUGAAGACGAGUCAGGCAAGUCAUGGAGGUUCAGAUACUCUUACUGGAACAGCAGUCAAAGCUAUGUCUUGACUAAAGGAUGGAGCAGAUUUGUCAAAGACAAACAGCUCGAUCCAGGCGACGUUGUUUUCUUCCAACGACACCGUUCUGAUUCUAGGAGACUCUUCAUUGGCUGGCGCAGACGUGGACAAGGCUCCUCAUCCUCCGUCGCGGCCACUAACUCCGCCGUGAAUACGAGUUCUAUGGGAGCUCUUUCUUAUCAUCAAAUCCACGCCACUAGUAAUUACUCUAAUCCUCCCUCUCACUCAGAGUAUUCCCACUAUGGAGCCGCCGUAGCAACAGCGGCUGAGACUCACAGCACACCGUCGUCUUCCGUCGUCGGGAGCUCAAGGACGGUGAGGCUUUUCGGUGUGAAUCUGGAGUGUCAAAUGGAUGAAAACGACGGAGAUGAUUCUGUUGCAGUUGCCACCACCGUUGAAUCUCCCGACGGUUACUACGGCCAAAACAUGUACUAUUAUUACUCUCAUCCUCAUAACAUGGUAAUUUUAACUCUUUUAUAAAGAUAUCUGAUUCAGUUUAGGUAGAGGUACAUUACAUCAUCCAUCAUAUAAUAUUAUUUAUAGAUACAUGAUUUAAAAACAGAUGGAUGACGCUGUUUCUCGAGACGAGACAGUUGAAAUUAUAAUUAAAUAAACGAGAUUGAUUAGGAGCAAAUAGUUAAAUGAUAUAAUGAAGACUAUAGAGGAAGGAAUCAGGAAUCUGUUAAGAGACACUAGACUUUUGAGCAGUCGCACAUGGCCACUUUGUUAGUGACUUUGAUUUGUUUUUUGUCUGAGCCCACUUUCAUUUAUUUUAGUAUUACUACAUUGUUUAGUUAAAGUAUAUAUGUUGGCCUCAGUAAUCACUGUUGCUUUUUUUUUUUUUACUGGCGCCGCAAUGUACAAUGAUUCAGAGAAGAAAAUGACUAUUAGCAUGAAUAAGGAAAUGUGUACAAAUUUGAUGUUUGAUACUUCAGAUUUGGUAUAAUUAUGGAUGUUAGUAUGUUACAAUACAGAGAGAUUCUUAAUAUUAUGUGUUUAUAUUUUGAAAUGAAAAAAAAAACAGAAUAUAGCUUUCACGGGAGAACGAUGAAGGAGCAGAGAGAUAAGACGAGGAUGAGAGAUCCAAAGAAGUGACAACAUUUUCGGAAUUGACUUAAAGCUUUAUGGGACCAGACUUUGUAGCCACAUAGGCCAAUUUUCUGGAAAAUUGUAUGCUAUUUUUAAUAAUAUCUCAUUAGCUUCCGUACUGUAUGUAACUAAUUUGGAAAAG